GGCUGGUGUGCCGCCAGGCGCGGGGCGUGCGGCGAGCAGAGCCGGCAGGAGCGCGCCGGGCAGCUGCCGCCGCCGUCCCGUGCGCGGGCGGCAGGAUGGAGCUGAACUCCCUGCUGUUGCUGUUGGAGGCGGCCGAGUACCUGGAGCGUAGGGACCGAGAAGCCGAGCACGGCUACGCCUCCAUGCUGCCCUUCGACGGGGACUUCGCCAGGAAGAAAACAAAGACUGCUGGCCUGGUGCGCAAGGCCCCGAACAACAGGUCUUCACACAACGAACUAGAAAAGCACAGACGAGCUAAACUAAGGCUCUACUUGGAGCAGCUCAAGCAGCUGGUGCCCCUGGGCCCUGACAGCACACGCCAUACCACUCUGAGCCUCCUGAAGCGUGCUAAGAUGCACAUCAAGAAACUGGAGGAGCAGGACCGCAGGGCGCUGAGCAUCAAGGAGCAGCUGCAACGGGAGCAUCGCUUCCUAAAGCGACGUCUGGAGCAGCUAUCAGUGCAGAGUGUAGAGCGAGUGCGCACUGACAGCACUGGUUCUGCUGUGUCCACAGACGACUCAGAGCAAGAGGUGGAUAUAGAGGGCAUGGAGUUUGGCCCUGGGGAGCUGGACAGUGUUGGCAGCAGCAGUGAUGCCGAUGACCACUACAGCCUACAGAGCGGUGGCUGCAGCGACAGCAGCUAUGGGCACCCUUGCCGGCGGCCCGGCUGCCCUGGCCUUUCCUAGGCUCUGUGUUCUUUGCUUCUUGGCCCACCCGCCUGCUCACCUAGCCAAGCGUCUCAGCCUUCCAGUCCUCCCUUGACUGAAGCCAGCCUCGUCAUGGGCCUACUGCUGUGCCAUUCUCGAAGCUAUAGCUGCUGCCUGGUCUGCCUGCCUCUGCCUGGUCACCCUUUGGUCAGGACUCAAGCUGCCUGCCCCUUCUCCGCGGGGCAAGACCCCAUGCAGGGAAGCAGGGUCAGGCUCUCCACAUCCUGGAGCCCAGCGUAGCCGCCCACGGUCUGUUCUCAGAUUCCUAAUCAUUCCAGAAGUAUUAAAUAUCAUUGCUACAAAUCUCAGUGGGAUCCGUGUAGGGGCCUUAAUGACUACCAUGGGGAGCUUGGACCUCAGCAUCGGAUCCCAGGAGAGAGGAGUGGACUGAGGAAGGAAGAAGGAAGGCAGGA